AUGUCGCAUUUAGUGAAACUGUUCGUAUUAAUAUGCGUUAUUAUUGUUUAUUUACAGACUUCUAAUGCAGAAGUUAGUUGUAUUACAAACUGUACUUUUACAUUUAAUUUGACUCAAUCAUUUCAAUUACCAUCAUCUUGUACACGAGUUAACUCAAAUGGCUGUUUUACUGAAAUCUUGAUUGACUAUACAAAUCAAAUAAAUACAGUAAGAUUUUUAACAAGUGGUCUAGAACAACAAGAAUAUGGCGCUGAUUAUCUAGUUUCGCAGACAAUUGAUAUGACGUUUUAUAAUGGAAAGAUAACGCGCGAAUUCAACUAUUAUUGUUUUACAAGUGAUGGUUGUGAUGAACAAUACGCUAAAAGAACGAUUCCUCUACUCAGUCAAAUAGAUCAUCAGCCAGUUUUAAACGAACUGCUACCAAAUUUAUAUAGUUUAAGUAGUGAACUCAAUGUAACUGAAUGUUUUGACACCUCCAAUAAUCUUCUCAAUUGUACAGAUAAACUGUGUAGUGCAAGUGUACCGUCUAAUCCUGACGCGGAUGGAUAUAAAGGAUGCGACGUAGUGGAUGAUCCAACACUCGUCAAUAUCGAAAUAACAUCAUCUAGAGCGUAUCCGACAAAUGAGUCUUAUGAUACAAACGACAUCGAGUAUAUCUGCAAUAUAAAUCGUUGUAACGGAGCAUCACAAACGAGUACUGUUCGAGUUAUUGUCAAUAAAUAUAAUUCUUUAUUAGAAAUAAUAGCACCAACAGAUGAAUCAACCGCCGCUUUCACGACUCAAGUAACCUCUCCACAAACAACAAGAACAUCUACAGCAGUGCAAACAAGUUCAAUUAAGAUACCUAUUAGUUGCAUUACAAACUGUACUUUUACAUUUAAUUUGACUCAAUCAUUUCAAUUACCAUCAUCUUGUACACGAGUUAACUCAAAUGGCUGUUUUACUGAAAUCUUGAUUGACUAUACAAAUCAAAUAAAUACAGUAAGAUUUUUAACAAGUGGUCUAGAACAACAAGAAUAUGGCGCUGAUUAUCUAGUUUCGCAGACAAUUGAUAUGACGUUUUAUAAUGGAAAGAUAACGCGCGAAUUCAACUAUUAUUGUUUUACAAGUGAUGGUUGUGAUGAACAAUACGCUAAAAGAACGAUUCCUCUACUCAGUCAAAUAGAUCAUCAGCCAGUUUUAAACGAACUGCUACCAAAUUUAUAUAGUUUAAGUAGUGAACUCAAUGUAACUGAAUGUUUUGACACAUCCAAUAAUCUUCUCAAUUGUACAGAUAAACUGUGUAAUGCAGGUGUAUCGCUUAAUCCUGAUGAGAAUGAAUAUAAAGGAUGCGACGUAGUGAAUGAUCCAACACUCGUCAAUAUCGAAAUAACAUCAUCUAGAGCGUAUCCGACAGAUGCGUCUUAUGAUACAAACGACAUUGAGUAUAUCUGCAAUAUAAAUCGUUGUAACGGAGCAUCACAAACGAGUACGGUUCGAGUUAUUGUCUAUAAAUAUAAUUCUUUAUUAGAAAUAAUAGCACCAACAUAUGAAUCAACCACUUUCACGACUCAAGUAACCUCUCCACAAACAACAAGAACAUCUACAGCAGUGCAGCAAACCAACAUACUGCAAUCUACACAAUCAACAAGACCAUCUACAGCAGUGCAGCAAACGAACAUAUUGCAAUCUACACAAUCAACAAGAACAUCUACAGCAGUGCAGCAAACAAACAUAUUGCAAUCUACAUCGACAAAUACAGCAGGCUCAUAUUCAACUUUCUGGUCAAUGUCUUUUCUAAUGGUGCUUAUCAUAGACCUAUUUACUUUUCAAGCUAUUCCUGGCUGA